UGGUCUCCGAAACGAUCGUAUGCGGGGAAAAGAUAAAAAUAUUUACAGGAUAAGGAAAAAAAACUUAGUUCUCCUUUUCCCUUUACUUUUUAAGUAGGUAGAAUCGUCCGAGCCCAAAUGCUUGGCAGUUAGCGUUAGUUUAGGUAAAAUCCGGCAUCUGUCGAGAUUGUGAUAACUCCGAAAAAAAUAGCAAUUUGCGUAUCGUUGUGAAGUAUGGUUUCAUUAUCUAGAGAUAAAUCCUAUCAGCAGGGUAUGUAACAUAAUUAUACAGUUACAUAAUGAGAAAAAAAAGUGCUGUAUAUCAAUUGUAAUGUCAAGAUCCAUACCCAAAUAAACUAAUACUAAAUAAAAAAAAUAAAAAUAUUCACGUCAGUUACCGGGGAUUCCCCUAAAUUUUAAGCAAAUUGUCAUAGCACAUGAUGCAAAUAGAAGUAAGGGUGGUUCAUAAUAUAGAUAUGCGACGCAAUAUAAUCAUAAAUGUACACAGAGGUUCAGUAGAAACGAGGUGAGACAUAGGGAUCUAUCUUUAGUCAAUCGCAUAGUUAUGUAAGUUAACAUAUUUUAGCUUCUAAACAUCAGCUGGCUAGCAUUCCUGCACAAGAACUCAGAAGAAGAAGAAGAUGGAUUGACAUGUCGUUAUGUCAACUUGCGAGAAAUUGUGUAAUACGCAUCCAAUCAGCCGACUAACGUCAACUUUCCUAUAUGGGAUAUUGAAUCACUGCCAGUACAAGGGCUCGAUGACGGAGACGCGGACGUAUUUUUUGUAAAUAUUGGAUCAGGUCUAAGUUUUUUUUACUUCAAGACAAAGAAGCUGUCCAAAGACAAAAUGGGAGAACCAGUCCGGACAAUCCACGACCUGGAUACGAAAAGUCUUCAACAUAUAUUCUCUUAUCUAAGCCUCGUGGAUAAAUUAAAGCUAGCAUUAAUUCACCACAACGCCAUCGACUUGAUCAAAGAUGCCCUUCACAAUGAAACGUUCGAUGCAUUUGAUAUUCAAAUAACUUUUUCGGCUCUAGAGGCAGAAUGCAUUCUAGCUUGCUAUGGAGACUUUAUAAGAAAAUAUCGGCAUGUAUCAACUUGUGAAGAUGAAAACAGCAUUGGGUUUUUGAGACUUAUACCGGAAUAUUGCCAAAACCUGGAGGAGAUUGUUCUCUCAGGACGUGAGUUAAAACCAAAUGAUGUUUAUAGUCGAUUACUGAGCGUUUCCAAGCAUGUCAAAGCUCUAACCCUUCGGAAAUGCAUACUUGGAAACGCUUCCUGCUCUCUUCUAUCGGGUCUUAGUAAACUGGAAGUUCUGAAUCUAGAAGAUAGCAAACUCACUGGGAAAGAUUUAAAUAAAUUACGCAACCUCAUGGAUUUGAAUUUGAAGAAUUGUCGAAACUUUAAAGCGAGGAAUUUCAUCGAAAUAUGCAAAUCCAAUAAACUAAAGAAACUGAAUAUUGUAGGCCUGAAGCAAUUGACACAUGCUUGCAUACAAACUCUAUUAGACACUCAAGCGGACAUACAAAUAUUGAUUGUGGGCAACAAGUAUUGGUUCAAAGAUCCAAGCCGUAUUUUUCAGCUGAAAAAUUUACGAGAAGUGUCAAUGAUCAGUUGCUAUGAACCAAUUGCGGCAACUUACCUAAAAACGCUUGCUGAUGAACAGAAGGAAUCGCUUGAAUGUCUAGAAGUAAAUUUUGGAAACUCCUAUCCAGAAAAUGAUGGGGAUUUUUUGGAAACGAAUAUUAUAAGUCGGAUAUGUGAAUUUGGUAACUUAAAAGUGCUAAGCUUGAGAAACUCAGCUUUAUUGGAAGACCAGCACCUAGUGAGAAUUGCGAAGAUGUGUAAACAUUUGGAAAUGUUGGAUAUUCACGGAACAGGUUUCCGAGAUAUUGGAAUUAUUAGCUCUGUGGAGCACUUAGAACGCCUGCGUUAUUUGGAUAUUUCAUAUUGCACAGUAAAAAGGACCCUGUAUUGUCGUUUGUUAGCAACUCGUCAAGAACAAGGAUCCAGUCAACAACUUGUCGUUUAUAUUAAACCAAAAAUGGAAUUAGAAAGUCUGUUGAUUUCUGACGAGUAUAAAUCAUACCAGCGUUUUGUUAAAUUGGUUGUGGCCCCAAUGAGAUUGAAUAAUGAAAUCAGCAUCUUAGAGCGUUUACAGCAGUUGAACACAACUCAUCCGCAAAAACAUCAAUACAGGGAACUUCGCCGUCGAAGAUUGAAUAACCGUUUUGAAACUUUACACCAGAAAGUCUCACUACUCAGUUUGGAUGAAAACUCACUUCACCAUAUAAUACAAUAUCUGGACCUAUCUGAGAAGCUGACACUGAUUCUAAUUAACGAACACUUUUGCAGUGUAGUUAAACAUUUUCUGCAUAAAGAUUUCGUUGUUUUUGUUGAGAUUAUAUCGAAUUUCACAGUGAAUGAGGCACGCAAGAUUUUAUCGCGAUGUGGUUCCAUGAUGAAGCGGUUGUAUAUACAAAAUCCAGUUUAUCACUUAGAUACCGAAUACUAUGACUUAAUAGCGGAAUUUUGCGUAAACUUAGAGGAGCUUCUCUGUGAAGAUUUAAUUGGCGUAUCCAGCCUGGCAUCUAUUAUCAGAGCAUCAUCUGGCACUUUGGAAAUUUUAGGCCUCUACCGCUGUGAAGCUUAUGAAUCAGUUGAGAUGGAAAUAGCAAGGGCAUCGAACUUAAAAAAAUUGUCCCUAAUAGGCAACGAUUAUGUUGGGUCUCAUAUUAGCCAAUUAAGAAAAUUAGUGGAUCUUGAUUUGGCUUGGUGUGAGAAGUUUCGGCCUGAACACUUUAUUACCAUUUGUAGAAACAAUCGCUUGGAGAAACUAGCAAUCCGUGGAUGCACGGCGUUAAAUAACGAAGCGUUUUCUGUGUUGUCAGAAACACAACAUCAUUUACAGAAACUCAAACUUGGCGGAAUCUACGUGGCAUCGAAUAUUUUUACUAUAGCAAAUCUUCCAAACAUUAUAGAUAUUAGAGUGACUGAUAUUGCCGCUCAGGAAAUAAUUCAAUGCCUAAAUGCCUUAAUCAAUCAUAGAGCUGCGGAUGUACAGUGCCUUGGGAUACAAUGUUUAGAUGAGCCGAAAAUAACAAUGCUUCCGACAUUACGAAACAGUAUUUUGGAGUUCCGGAAUCUUAAAUUUAUUUGGCUGUCAUGUAGUACAUUUGUAAACGAUGCAUAUUUGAGACAAAUUGUUAAGUCGUGCCCACUUUUGGAAGCUCUUGAUUUGUCCUUCAUUUAUGAUCUAACGAACGAUGGGAUACUAUAUGCCAUUAAACAUUUAAAACAUUUGCAACAUCUCAAUGUAAAAGAAUGCCGCCAACUAGAUGAUAUUCUGACACUGUAUCAGGAGGUUUUGAAAAUCAAAGUGCAGCAAGUGGAUGCGCAAAGUUUAGUCUUAUAUCUGGAUCUCCCUUGUGACGGACUUAAAGAGACAAAAGAAUAUGCUGUUAUGAAAAAGUACGUUACAAUACUUAAGGACCGCUUCAGUGACUCGGAAAAGGAACAAUAUUUCAAAACUAAGAGAGCAAAAUACAAGACGGCGAAGAAACCACCUAUUUUCAACACUGCUGCAGAUAACAACCAGAUCCAAAAUAUUGACAUGAUCUUUCAUGUCAAUAUUUUGGAUCUACCGGCCAGUUGUUUACUUAAGGUUGCUUCCUAUUUGGGAACCAUCGAUAAGUUGAACUUCGUCUCAGCUCAUAGCUGUUUCUUGGAUUCGACCCGGAGUUUGAUUGAAAGCAUGGUUUUCAACGUCAAUGAGAUAAGUCAAUCAUUUACUUUACGAGAAGCGCGAGAUUUGUUUAAAAGGUGCGGUAGAUCUAUAAAACGUAUAGAGUUUUCUAGUUUGUACUCAAAUUACCUAGAGUACUUGAAACUUAUUCAGCCCUACCGUGAACACUUCACAGAAAUACACUUAAGUAAUAUUCUUGCAGAGGCAAAUGUGGAAGAACAUAAAAAAUUGUUCGAUUCCCCAUUACAGAGGCUACAAAAAAUUGUUUUUAAAAAUGUUGCGAAACUAGAUCCAUUUUUAACUAUUAUUGAAAAUAAAGAUGAAUUGAAAAUUUUAAAUGCUUCAUGUUACGACGGGAACGGAAUACUCUUCAAUCAGUUCGGAAAUCUUACAGAAUUAUCUUUAGCACAUUGUGGUUCAUGGGAACCGUCUACUCGUGAUUUUAUAGAAAUUUGUCGAAAAUGUAAAUUAAAAGUCCUGGACAUUCACGCCUGCGAUUGUUUAACACUUGAAGCAUUUAAUGUCCUGAUUGAAACACAAAAUGAAUGCCUCGAACGACUUUCCAUGUGGUGCGACUAUGAAGAUGAUAUUUGUAGUGAUGUGGCAAAAUUGUCUAACCUCAGAUACAUUGUUAUAGAAUUUCAAACAAAUAUUUCGCUCCUAGAAAAAGUUUUGGAUAAACUUGUUAAAUAUCAUCGCAAUGAUUUGAUAUCUUUAGAGGUAAAAAAUAUUACAUAUUAUCUACCUGAUUUCGUCGUUAGUUUGAAUGAAACGGUUCACGAACGAAUUAAAAAAUUCAAUAAUUUGCAAAAAUUUGCAAUAAAUGUCUCCCCGGCCCAUUCUAAGUCAUAUAGAUAAUAAAGCUCAGACUGUGAUAUUGAAGAAAAAAUGUAUAUUUUUAGGAAAAUUUACUUAUUUUGAAUAAUAAAAGGAUCAAUAAUUGAAAAUCGA